CGCAUUGUCUUCUCCAAUCGCCAUAUACUCUCUCUCCUCUGCUUCCACUUCGAGUGAGAGAAACUAGAGAGAGAAGGGAAGAUUCUGUUCCAUUACUGUCAUCUCGGGUUCGAGCUUCGACCAGAAGAAACGAAUCACUGAAAUGGCGAUGUGGGUAUUUGGGUACGGCUCUCUGAUAUGGAAAGCCGGCUUCAACUUCGACGAACGACUCACCGGUUCCAUCAAAGGUUACCGCCGAGUCUUCUAUCAAGGCAGUACGGACCACAGAGGGACAACGGAGUUUCCAGGGAGAACGGUAACGUUGGAGCCUGCGGAGGGAGAAGUCUGUUGGGGAGCUGCCUACAAGAUUACCAAGAAGGAAGACCAAGAAAUUGCAUUGACGCAUUUAGAAGUGAGGGAGAAGCAAUAUGACAAAAAGGCCUAUGUUGAUUUUUUCACUGAGCCUAUGGCUGCUACCCCAGCUGUGUCAGGAGUAAUGGUAUACAUCGCCUCGCCGGACAAGAAAGCCAACGUGAACUACUUGGGCCCAGCUUCCAUUGAGGAUAUUGCCAAACAAAUCGUUCGAGCUGAGGGCCCCUCAGGACCCAAUAGAGACUACCUUUUUCAGCUCGAGAAGGCUCUUCUUCAAAUUGGAUGUAAAGAUGAACAUGUAAUAGGUCUUGCAAACGAAGUGAGACGAAUCCUCUCGGAAUCAAAGCAGCCUUUUGCAUGAUCCAUACUCCCAUUUCUGUGAAAUUAGAGGAUUGCAGACUGGAUUUUCCAAGUUUGCAAAAUAUUACUUCUCAAAAUUAAUUUGUUUAGAGUUAUUGCUGUUGCAUUGAAAAGAAUGUUAGGAUACAGCCAUGCAACAUUUGAGUUUGAGUCUAACACUAAUAAAUGUGAAAAAGAAAAAAAAAGCUUUGAUUUAGUACCUCUUUGUGUAGAAGUGAGAUUUAUAGGCCUGGAGCCCAAAGUAUCAAUAAUACUUAGAAAAGAGGUAACUUGUUCCACCA